UUUCCAAAAGUAUUUCUAGUUUUUGGAAAAAUGUUUGUAAAUCACCAUUUGGGGAUCUCUACGACAGGAUGCUCGUCUUUUUAUACCUAACAAUUUACUUGGUCGAGUGUCCUUUUUAUUUUUAAAUCGUACGUGUUUAAGAAGAAGAGUAUUAUAAGCGUCCACACGAGAGCCCCAUUUUUCAAUUGUCACUAAUUCGCCAAGAUACUCUAUAUUUGAAGAUAAUUGGACCAUUUUGCAUUUCGACAUUGUUAUUUGUAUUAUUUACAGCACGGAGACCUCCUCCUCCAUAACUACUUCUUUAUUUUUAAUUUUUUCAUUUUGCGUACAAUUCGAGUAUAGCUCACCUCAUUCAUUCACUUUUAUUCUAACACAAUGGACGAUCUUGUCGAACAAACCAUCGAUAGAUAUUUUGAUGUAUUCGAUUACAUCGUAUUCGGUGUUAUGCUCAUUGUAUCGGCUUUAAUCGGUGUUUAUUUUGCUUUUUUUGCUAAAGUUAAACAAGAUACUACUUCAGAAUACUUAAUGGGGGGAAAAACUAUGGGAAUUUUUCCAAUUUCUAUGAGUCUAAUAGCCAGUUACAUAUCAGGAAUAAGUAUGUUAGGAAUACCAGCAGAAAUUUACACCUACGGGACCCAAUUUUGGAUGAUAAUUACAUCAGAAGGUUUAGUAUCCAUAACAAUGGCAGUUGCAUAUCUUCCUGUUUUUUACAAAUUGCAAAUUACCUCGAGUUAUGAAUACUUAAAUCUAAGGUUUAAUCAAACAGUAAGAUUAUUAGGAUCAACUUUAUUUCUUCUCAAGAUGCUCCUUUACAUACCAAUAGUGAUAUAUGUGCCUGCACUGGCUUUUAGCCAAGUAACGGGUAUUCACUUGCACCUUGUAACACCAGUUGUAUGCAUCGUUUGCAUUUUUUACACAACAUUGGGUGGAUUGAAAGCAGUAGUAUGGACAGAUACAGUUCAAACAUUAGUUAUGUUUUGUGCUUUGGUGUGUGUAGCAGGAAUGGGAACAAUAAACGCUGGAGGAUUCACAAAAGUAUGGAAUACAAAUAACGAAGGAGGUCGAAUCGAUUUUUUUAAUUUUAAUUGGGAUCCAACAAUAAGACAUACAUUUUGGACUGUUUCAAUCGGGAAUUACUUUGGUUGGUUAGCUUCUUGUUCUAUAAACCAAGCAAUGGUACAAAGAUGUCUUGCAAUGCCCACAUUAAGAAAGGCCAACAUAACCGUAGGCAUAUUAGUCGUUGGAAUAAUGGCGUUAGUUUCAAUGUGUUGCUUUAUGGGGUUACUUAUUUACGCUACUUACCAUAAAUGCGAUCCAAUAACUCGAGGUGCUAUUACAAAAUCAGAUCAAUUGUUACCAUAUUUUGUUAUGCAUAUAGCUGGGUCUAUGCCUGGAUUACCUGGUUUAUUUGUAAGUGGAGUUUUUAGUGCUGCCUUAAGUUCAAUGUCAACAGGUUUAAAUUCAAUGACUGGGGUAAUAUUUGAAGAUUUAAUAAAACCGAACGUUAAAAAACCUCUUUCGGAAGCUUACGCGAGUUUGUUAAUGAAAACAAUUGUUGUUAUCAUAGGAACGAUAUGUGUUGGUCUAGUUUUUGUGGUUGAAAAAAUGGGUGCUUUAAUUCAAGCUUCGGGUAGUUUGGCAGCUAUAACAGCUGGGCCUUUAUUGGGGAUAUUUACUUUAGGAAUGUUUUUUCCAUUUGUAAAUCAUUGGGGUGCUUUAAGUGGAGGAUUAGUUAGCGGUGGAUUAAUAGCGUGGAUUUCAAUUGGAACUCAAAUGCAAAUGGCAAAAAAUCUGAUACAAUUUCCUCAAAAGCCGGUUUCUGUAGAAGGAUGCAAUCCAAAUUGGGUUAUGGAAUAUUUAAGUUUAACUUUACAUCCGGAUGCGAAACCAAAAUUGGAUCCGCCGUUUUUUCUUUAUAGAAUAUCGUAUAUGUAUUAUACAGCUUUAGGUUGUAUAACCGCAAUAACAAUAGGAAUUAUUGUUAGUUUAUUAACAGGGGGAAAUAAAAAUAAAAUUGUAGAUAAAAAUUUAUUCUCACCUGUAAUUCAUAAAUUUAUAAAAGGUACAGAAAAUCCUAACACUAAUUAA